ACUCCGUCACUCGAUUGCGUUCGAUUGAGCAGCUGCUCCGUCAGUCAAAGUGGAGAAAGUGGACACUCAGAGAAUCAGAUCAAACCAGCAGGAGAAUUAUUUUAUAGGUGGAGGUGCCGGAUUGACCUGCUACCGAUGCCAAAAUGACUCAUGACUAUGAACAGAGUAUCUGCCAAGCACGAGCUGCUGUUAUGGUUUACGAUGAUGCCAACAAGAAGUGGAUCCCGGCUGGCGGCUCAACGGGCUUUAGCAGAGUCCAUAUUUACCACCACACAGGCAACAAUGCCUUCCGCGUUGUAGGACGCAAAAUCCAAGAUCAUCAGGUGGUGAUAAACUGUGCCAUUCCCAAGGGGCUGAAGUACAACCAGGCCACGCAGACUUUCCACCAGUGGCGUGAUGCUCGACAAGUUUAUGGCCUCAACUUUGGCAGCAAGGAGGAUGCCAAUGUAUUUGCCAGUGCCAUGAUGCAUGCAUUGGAGGUACUCAACUCCCAAGACACAGGCUCCACGCUGCCCCGACAGGGCCAACAGGUUCAGAAUGGCCCUGUGCAGGAGGAGGUGGACCUGCAGAGAAGACAGCUCCAGGAGCUGCAGCAACAGAAAGAGAUGGAGCGGGAGCACCAGGAACGUGAGAGACAGGAGCGGGAACGUCAAGAGCAGGAGCGUCAAGAACGGGAGCGCCUGGAGAAGGAAGCAAUGGAGCGCCAGGAGCGCGAACAGCAAGAGAGGGAGGCGCAGGCAGAGCAGGAGCGCCAGGAGCAGCAGGAGCGUGCUGAGCGUGAGCUGAUGGAGAAGGAGAAGGCAGAGAGAGAGCAGUUGGAAAAAGAGCAGCAGGAGCAGCUGGAGAGAGAGCAGCAGGACUGGGAGAGAGGGAGACGCAUCUCCAACGCUGCCUUUGAAAGCACACUCUACACUCCCUCACCUCAGGAGUACAGCAGGACGUCCUCCACGCCUGUAUGUCCAUCUACGCCCACUUACCCAGCUCCUAGUACGCCGUCCCUUUCCUCCACCACACCCCCAACCCCACCACUCAGGCAGUCAGCCUCCCGCUUUGCCACCUCGCUCGGUUCGGCCUUUCACCCUGUCCUGCCUCACUAUGCCACAGUUCCAAGACGACAGCAGGCCUUUUCUCAAGCCCCGCCUCCAGCCCCCGCCCCUACGCCACCUCCUCCUAAGUCUGUGGUUUGGUCAGCAUCCAACUUUACCCCACUGCCCCCAUCACCCCCUGUCAUGAUAAGCAGCCCUCCAGGGAAGGCGACAGGUCCACGGCCUCUCAUCCCCAUGGCCACAUCAUCGCCACUCAGCCAAAAACCCCCAUCGCCAUCACCCAAUGGGCCCCCGAUGUUCCCUGCACCUUCACCCAUCACCAUCCCACACAACCACACCCCUCUUGGCAUCACCUGCCCAACACCACCUCCCCCACCCACCCCUCCCCCGCUUCCCUUUCCCAUGGCUCUCCCUCCGUUUCCCUCGUCUGUCUCGUCUCCCCCCUCCUCAUCUCAGGCUCCUGGUGUGCCCUCUCCCUCCACAGCACCCCCUGCUGCCACAGCUGCUGCCACCUCUGCCUCUGCUGAGCACCUCUUUCUCCCCUUGGGUCUGGGCCUCUCGGGGCCAGGGGAGCCAGGCACGGCCGCAGGUCCAGAGCCCCAUUCAGCUCAGGGGACCUCCUCCUGUCAGCCCCAGCCCCAGGAUGUGGUGCAGAGCCCGGCAUUGACCGCUCCCAUCCCUCCCCCACCUCCACCCCUGCCCCCCAGCACCACUGUGACAUCUGCAACUGCCACGCCGGCUGUUACCCCAACUGCUUCAGCCGGCCAUCCUCCUCCUCCGCCGCCUCCUCCACUCCCUCCUACCUUGACUCCAAACGGAACACCCCCUUCACCACCAGGUCCAGCCCCUCCACCCGGAGCCCCGCCACCACCUCCAGCACCCCCACUUCCUGUUGGACUGUUCUCUCCUACAGAGGACCACCCCUCCUCAGGCCUGGCUGCCGCCCUCGCUGGAGCCAAACUACGGAAAGUGCCAAGGAAUGAGGAUGCAGGAGCGGCUCUGGCUGCAGCCAAAUCAGAGGUCAGAGGGAACGGGCCUCUGCCUGGAGGAGGAGGACUUAUGGAGGAGAUGAGCGCCUUACUGGCCAGGAGGAGAAGAAUCGCAGAAAAAGGCUCCUCACCUGAACCUGAUCAGAGACUAGAGGAAGGUGAUAGCAACACAACCCCUAAAGUGUCAGCUUGUAGCACGCCGGACAUGCCCAGGAAGCCAUGGGAAAGAACAAACACCAUGAACGGUAGCAAAUCUCCAGUAAUUGGGAGACCUAAAUCCACCCCAACUCCAACUGCCUCCUUAAGUGCCAAUGGUGUGCCAACAGAAGCUGUGGAUUACGACAGAUUGAAACAGGACAUUCUGGAUGAAAUGAGAAAGGAGCUGUCAAAACUAAAAGAAGAGCUUAUCGAUGCAAUCAGGGAGGAGUUGGGCAAGUCCAGCACAGCGUAGAAGAUCCAGACUCCCUGUUCCAACAUCUGCAUCCACGUGACCAGACAGACAACCACGGUCCAAUCAACCCCACUGACGAAACGAUGGAGACAGUUACCAUGACAACAAGCAUUUUAUCCCACACAGAAAGCUGUAUUAUGAGAGUGUGCAGCAGGACGGUGGCAGGUGGCUGCGAUUUACAGAACUCACUUUGCAAACCUUGUGCCCCCCACCCCCCCGUCCUGCUGCUGGAGGACGGUGCAGAGUCUGACAGAGAGAAGUCUUUAUGCAAACACAGUUUCUCUGCUUGUCCUUCAGUCAGAAAGAAAACCCAACAUCCAGAACUCACCUCCGAUAACAUCUGAACCGGAAACCAACAGGUCGACCCGACGCAGCAGAACUCGUGAUUUUUCUAUCAGAUGUUUGAUGACGCGAGCUUGAAGACACAAAGGAAAGCGAACGUUAAAAACAUUUUCCCCCACAAUGCCAUUGGGGUACUGCGUGCAUGUGUGUGUGUGAGAGAGAGUGUGUGUGUGAGGGACUGCCAGUCUGCUGUAGUCCACCACUGCAGGACGCUGGAAAGCUUGUCUUCCUUAAAUCCUAUCUGAACCUGACUAUGUACAAAGAGAGAGAAAGUAUCUAUCAGCCACAUCUGUAUCAGUGUGAGCCCACAGUCCGGCCACAUCAAGUAGCUCAGUACUCCAGUCUUUAAGAGGACGCUGUCAUGUCUGUCCUCGUCUUUUGUCUGAAGUGAGACUUUUUCCAAUCUUUCUUCUUUUAGUGCCGUUUGAUGAAAGUGGAAGGGAAGCUGCCUGCUGUUGUAGCUCUUCUCUCAGCCAGCCUCAGCCGGGCGUGACAGCUGUUCAUGUCUCCGUGUUUU